AUGAACACAAAAGAGACAGGCAAAACGGGAGCAGAGAAAAAUAUAACACAGUUAAACCUGGAGAGGUGCGAACAGGCCUCAAUUUUGCUUGACAAUCUGAGCACAUUUGAGGAGAUAAGUACCAUCGAAGAGGGGCGAUGCCAUAAGACUAACCCAGUAGAUCAUGCGUCUUUGUUUAAUUGGGGAAUGAGGAAAGUGGAGGAGAAGUCCCCCUUGCGUGGAGAACUCACAGAGAAGGAUUUGAUUUCCGAUUUGUGUAGAUAUGUAGGUGUGCCUGGGGAUGAGAAGAGAGUUGUUUCUGAGUGGAUUCCCUAUACGAGGGGUGUCCCCACAAGGCGGGAAAACAUAAAUUACUUUCUCCACACGAAAGAUGGGGAAGACGUGACAAGCGAGAGUUACAAAAGGGGGGCAAACAGAAGACACUCGCUAAGAAGAGACUCCAUCACAGAGCACUACAUGGAGAAGACACAGACAGGGUGUGCUAAAGAGGGAAACAAUGUUAAGGCGAAGAAAAAGACGAACGGGAAUAAAUACGUUUUCAAUUUGAGGACAGCUAGGAAAGAACUUAUCAGAGACAAGAGAGCAAAUUGUAACAACACAGAAAAGAUCAUUACGUAUGUAAAGAAAAGCGAUAGGAAUGUCACAGACUAUAAGAAGGAAAAGAAGUUCAAGGAACAAACACGGAUGCACGAGGAGGAAAAGGAAAAAAUGAAAACCAACUUCGAAGAGAUGAUAAAAAACAUAACAGAAAAAUAUCAAGAACAGGAAGAGAAGAAAAAAAAAUUAAUAACAAACAUUUAUAGCAAAUAUAUGAACAUGCGAAAUGAGUUCAGCAAAAUGAAGAGUAUCACUGAAAAUGUGAAAUUUGAAAAUAAAAGAUUUAAAGAAGAAGUAGACAGAUUAACUGCCAACCCUGUGGAGAAGACCCUCCUGGAAAGUUAUAAAAGCAAGCUAGACGAGUACAUAGUUUUGGCUAACUCUAAGGGGAAUAGGAUUCAGGAGUUACAGAGGGAAGUGCAAUCUGUGCGGACCUCCGCAGAGUUGCUCGCAAAGAAAAACGCAACUCUGGAGAAGGAGAAGAAACGCUUACUCAAGGGAAGUGAGAAUUUGAAAAGGGAUAACAUACAGCUGCAAACCGACUUGGAAAAUGCAAAACGGGAGAAUCAGAAACUGAGGGACGAACUCUUUUACAGAGACAUGAAGAUUAACUACCUAGUCAGCAUCUUGGACGUGGUCGAUGAGACCAUCCUGGGUGACGGCGUGGGAGGAGCGCUUCAGAAGGGGGGAGCGUCUCAGAGGGGAGGAACGCUUCAAAAGAGAGGAGCAUCUCAGAAGGGGGGCCCCGAAGGGAAUCACCAAACGGACAAGGACACCCCUGGGAGCGAUGCGAAAAAAACUCCCCAGCGUGACACCAAAUCGAAAGGGUGUGCCAUCCAAAAGAUGAACAAGAAAAUAUUGAUCAAAUCGAUCGUCCAAAAAAUAAAAGACAUAAACAAGAAGAUCCACAAAGAGGAGGAAACAGUGGGAACGUUACAAAGCGACGUGCAGGUCGUCGAAGAGGAGACAAGCACAGAGGCCAUCACACAGAAUGACAAGCACGAGGGGGGGGAAAACCAAAGUGAAAGUCGCCAAGUACUGGAAGCAUAUUUCAAUUGCGGCGACUUUACUCUGAACGAUAAUACACGGGAGGCGUCAACGGGGGAAAAAACACACGCAGCUUUUUUCGUGAAUGGUGAUAACGCGGGCGACCAAGCCUUUUAA